UUUUUAGAAGGAGGAGCGCGCACCGGGGCGCGAGGAGGAGAGCAUCGAUGACAUCAGCACGCGCGGCCGGUGGAGCAUCUCCUGAGGUAAAUGGAAAUGGAGGAGCGUGAGUGAGGUGGUUCGGUUCGGACGGAAUAUAAUGCACGAGUCGUCGUGAACAGUUUCCGCGCAACAGCACGUUCACGCAGGAACCGGUUUAGACCGCUGAGGAUUAUAAAAACCAGGACAUGAAGCUCAAAAAGAUAUAGAGAAUAAAGAAAAGAAAUAAACAGUGUGUGUCUGGGUGUUAUCGUGUGAAGGCGGUUGGCGGCAUCAUGGAGUUCCGGGUCGGCAGAGGUCCGUUCCAGUCGGUGCUGAUCCUCAUCUACAUCUCCCUACAGAACUCUGCAGAUGCGUUGUCGGCUCCCAGAUUCACGAAGAUCCCGACGGAUCAGAUUGGCGUUUCCGGUGGAGUCGUGUCCUUCGUUUGUCAAGCCACAGGAGACCCGAAACCACAGGUUUUCUGGAACAAAAAGGGAAAGAAAGUGAAUUCACAGAGAAUCGAGACUAUAGAGUUUGAUGAAGGCGCCGGGGCGGUGCUACGUAUCCAGCCACUCAGAGCACCGCGGGACGAAAACGUUUACGAGUGUGUUGCCAAAAACACUGAGGGUGAAAUCGCUGUGACCUCCCAACUGUCCAUAAUAAGAGAGGACCUGCUGCCAUUUGGUUUCCCCAGCAUUGACAUGGGACCCCAGCUGAAGGUGGUGGAGAGAACUCGGACCGCGACCAUGCUGUGUGCUGCCAGCGGUAUUCCCGAUCCAGAGAUCUCCUGGUUCAAAGACUUCCUCCCUGUUGAACCUGCUCUCAGCCAAGGGCGAAUCAAGCAACUGCGUUCAGGUGCUCUGCAGAUCGAGCGCAGUGAGGAAACCGAUCAGGGGAAAUACGAAUGUGUGGCAUCAAACUCUCAGGGCGUGCGAUAUUCGUCCCCUGCUAACUUAUACGUGAGAGUUCGACGCGUUCCCCCUCGCUUCACCAUCCUUCCCACGAGUCACGAGAUAAUGCCGGGUGGAAGUAUAAAUAUCACCUGUGUCGCUGUCGGCUCGCCCAUGCCUUACGUAAAGUGGAUGCUUAAUUCUGAGGAUCUGACGCCGGAGGAUGAGAUGCCGGUGGGACGAAACGUUCUGGAGCUCAACGGUGUGCGCGAGUCUGCCAACUACACCUGCGUGGCCAUGAGCAGCCUGGGAAUUAUUGAAGCUGUAGCACAAGUUAUUGUAAAAUCUUUACCGAGAGCCCCUGGUACGCCCAUUGUCACAGAGACGACCCCGACCAGUGUCACCAUCACCUGGGACUCUGGUAACCCUGACCCCGUAUCCUACUACAUCAUUCAGUACCGCGCCAAGUCACCGGACAGCAAGUUUGAGACGGUGGACUCCAUCACCACCACCCGCUACAGCAUCGGAGGUCUGUACCCCAACACAGAGUACGAGAUCCGCGUUUCCGCCGUUAACACCAUCGGACAAGGGCCGCCCAGCAACAAGGUGGAGGCUAGAACCGGAGAGCAGGCCCCCGCCAGCCCGCCCCGUAACAUACAGGCACGAAUCAUAUCGCAAAACGCCGUGAUGGUCCGCUGGGAUGAACCGGAGGAACCCAACGGUUUGAUUAAAGGCUAUCGAGUGUAUUACACAAUGGAUCCUUCACAGCCAAUGAGCAACUGGCAAAUUCAUAACGUCCAAGAUAGCGUGAUCACGACCAUCAACAGUUUAGUGCCUUCUGAGACGUACACCAUCCGUGUGCUGGCGUUCACGUCUGUGGGUGACGGACCCUUUUCUGACCCCGUCCAUGUCAAAGUGAGACCUGGAGUUCCCGGGCAGCCAGGAAAGUUUCAGGUAGGAAAGGUAACAGACACGAGUGUUGAAUUGACCUGGGAACCUGCAUACUCCAAAGAGCCGGUGAAAAGCUAUGAACUCAUCUACAAAGCUCCAGAACUUGGCAUUCAGGAAAAGAGGAAUUUUGAACCCAAAACAUCGUUCGUGGUGGAAGGUUUGCGGGCGAACACAGAAUAUUCGUUCUCUCUGGCUGCCAUCUCUAACAAAGGCAUCGGUGCAUUUACCAAUGAGAUCAUCCAACGAACUGCUCAAGCGAAGCCCAAGGCGUCUCCUCGCGAGGUCCGCUGCAUCAGCGCGACCUCCACCUCGCUGACGGUAAGUUGGGCGCCGCCCGCGGAGGAGCGGCAGAUCGGCCCACUGCUCGGUUACGAGUUACAGUACCAGAUCUCUGAUGAGGACGGGGGCGAGUCUGACUCAUCGCAGACGAUACGUUCAGAGUCUGAUGCAGAACGGAUGAUCCUGAAGAACCUGCGGCGAUGGACCUCGUACCGCAUCACGGUGGCGGCUUUCACAGCGCAGGGCCGCGGGCCCGGGAGCUUGCCUGUACACUGCAAAACUGAUGAAGAUGUGCCUGGAGCGCCACCUGGACUGGUGGAGGUACAGCUCCUCAACUGCACCUCCAUUAAAGUGUCAUGGCGCUCCGUGUUGCCGUGUCAACGGAACGGACAGAUUCGUGGUUACCAGCUUCACUAUUCUCGCAUGGAGAAUGAGCUGUCACGAGGUUUGCCUCGCAUCAAAGACAUAAUGCUGGAUGAUGAGCAGAGAGCUUUAGAUGAGACGGCGCAGUAUGAGACGAUCAUUGAUGACCUACAGCCAGAAACUCUGUACUCCAUCAGUGUGUCAGCGUACACUGUUAAAGGUGAUGGAGUUCACAGUAAAGCACAGCUGAUCUGGACACCUGCAGCAUUACCUCCUGCUCCCCGUCUGACUGUGCAUCUGGUUAAUGAGACAUCUGCUGCUGUGUUUUGGACUCCUCAACACUCCUCCAGUCCUCUGCUAGAGAUCCUCGGCUUCCGGCUCACGUACGCUCUUAAAAACGACACCCGCUCUGAAUCCGUCUUCAUCAAACCUGAAGAGCGCCGGUACAGCGUGUCCCGACUGCGUCCUGGUGCCGUGUACUCUUUCCUGCUGGCAGCUAAAGGCCACUCUGGCUAUGGUGAAGAGGCUCAGGAAGAACUCGCUGUGCCCGAGAUCCCACCCGAAGGAUUUCCCGAGCUGUCAGAGCACGUGAACGCCACCUGCUGCUCGCUGCAGAUAGCCUGGAUUCCUCCAAAGUCCUCGGAACGCAGCGGCGCUAUCACGGGAUACACGCUCGUGUACGGGGAAGCGGGCGUUGGUGAACCGCGUACGCUGAUGUUACCGGCGGAUACUUACGGCUACACCAUCCACGGGUUGAACCCAGACCGGGCGUACGCUGUGAGAAUGUGCGCUCACAACAGAGCCGGGUCUGGGCCGUGUGGCCCGCAGGUGCUGUACAGAACUGCAGCAUUUGACACAGAUGUGCCCAGAAAUUUCUCUGUGAAUUUGGCGACUAAGACGAGUGUGUUGUUGACCUGGGAGUUUCCAGAGAGCAGCGCCCCCUAUCGAUUCACUGUGGAAUAUAAUCGUGAGAAGAUGACGUUCGACGCUCGUCAGAGAAAAGCGGUGAUACCGAACCUCCAGCCGGACACCAGUUAUGACUUCAAGAUCACCAGCCCGGAGGGAAACAUGGGCGGUCUGAGACACCGCAUUCACGCCAAGACGUCGCCUCCCAUCCUGAUCCGCCGGCCGGAGGUGGACCACACGCGAGAGACAGAAGCCACCAUCACCAUCAUACUGCCGUCACUGGACACCAGGAGCAAUGUGAGGAACAUCUAUGUAGUGGUGGUUCCUCUGACGAGAGCCAGAGGGGUCAUAAGUCACCUGAAGAGCCCAGAUGGGAUGGACCUGGAGGAGCUGUUGAAGGACAUUAGCCAGAAACAGCGAGACCCUCGGCAGCGAAAGGUGGAUCUGAGGAGGGCUUACAUCACCGCCCGCUUCACACCUGCAACCCUACCUGCGUUCUUCACGCUGGGUGAUCAGCUGGACUACGGUGGCUUUGAAAACCGUGCGUUAGAAGCGGGUCAGGAGUACGUCUUUUUCAUCCUGGCUGAACUGAACUCCACCACUGGGAAGAUGUUUGUGGCCAGCCCGUACACUGACCCCGUCAUCGCACCCGACUCGGACCCUCAGCCUUUGGAUGCAGGCGAUGGUCUCAUCUGGGUGGUUGGACCCGUCCUUGCUGUCGUUUUUAUUAUCUGCAUCGUCAUUGCCAUUCUCCUCUACAAGAAUAAACCUGACAGUAAACGGAAGGACUCUGAGCCGGGCACCAAGUGUUUGCUGAAUAAUGCUGAGAUGAUGGCUUACCACCCCACUGACCCUGUUGAGAUGAGACGCAUUAACUUCCAAACACCAGGUAUGAUGAGUCACCCUCCCAUCCCCAUCACAGAGCUGCCUGAACACACCGAGCGACUGAAGGCCAAUGACAACCUGCAUCUCUCACAGGAGUAUGAGUCGAUUGAUCCAGGACAGCAGUUUACUUGGGAACAUUCCAAUCUGGAGGUGAACAAGCCAAAGAAUCGUUACGCCAAUGUGAUUGCGUACGACCACACACGUGUCAUCCUCGCACAGACCGACGGGAUAAUGGGCAGUGAUUAUAUCAAUGCAAACUACAUUGAUGGCUACAGGAAGCAGAACGCUUACAUUGCCACACAGGGACCUCUGCCUGAGACGUUUGGUGAUUUUUGGAGAAUGGUGUGGGAACAGAGGGCCGCGUCUGUCGUGAUGAUGACCAGAUUAGAGGAGAAAUCACGCAUUAAGUGUGAUCAGUACUGGCCCAGUCGCGGUACUGACACGUACGGGGCGGUUCAGGUUACUCUGUUGGAUACGAUGGAACUGGCCACGUUCUGUGUACGAACCUUCUCUCUACAUAAGAACGGCUGUAAUGAGAGGAGGGAAGUCCGACAGUUCCAGUUCACGGCUUGGCCUGAUCAUGGCGUUCCUGAAUAUCCCACUCCAUUCCUGGCCUUUUUACGGAGAGUGAAAUCAUGUAACCCACCGGAUGCUGGACCUGUCAUCGUCCACUGCAGCGCUGGGGUGGGCCGCACCGGCUGUUUAAUAGUGAUCGACGCAAUGUUGGAGCGAAUCCGUCACGAGCGUACGGUGGACGUGUACGGUCACGUGACCCUGAUGCGCUCUCAGAGGAACUACAUGGUCCAGACUGAAGAUCAGUACGGUUUUAUCCACGAGGCUCUCCUGGAGGCCGUCGCCUGCGGGAACACCGAAGUCGCUGCUCGCAGUCUUUACUCCUACAUUCAGAAACUGUCACAGGUGGAGGCAGGAGAACACGUGAGCGGGAUGGAGCUGGAAUUUAAGCGCCUCGCCAACACUAAAGCCCACACCUCCAGAUUCGUGAGCGCUAAUCUGCCCUGCAACAAGUUUAAAAACCGUCUGGUGAAUAUCAUGCCGUACGAGACCACCCGUGUGUGUCUGCAGCCAAUCAGAGGCCUGGAAGGUUCUGACUACAUCAAUGCCAGCUUCAUUGAUGGAUACAGGCAGCAGAGAGCGUAUAUUGCGACACAGGGACCUUUAGCCGAGACCACUGAAGACUUCUGGAGGAUGCUGUGGGAACACAACUCCACCAUUGUGGUGAUGCUCACCAAACUACGUGAACUCGGUCGGGAGAAGUGUCAUCAGUAUUGGCCGGCUGAACGCUCAGCGAGGUAUCAGUACUUUGUUGUGGACCCGAUGGCAGAAUAUAACAUGCCUCAAUACAUCCUGAGAGAGUUUAAAGUGACCGACGCCAGGGACGGACAGUCGAGAACCGUCCGACAAUUCCAGUUCACCGAUUGGCCGGAACAAGGAGUUCCAAAGUCAGGAGAAGGUUUCAUUGAUUUCAUCGGACAAGUGCACAAAACCAAGGAGCAGUUUGGUCAGGACGGACCAAUCAGUGUCCACUGCAGUGCGGGUGUGGGCAGGACAGGAGUUUUCAUCACGCUCAGUAUAGUUUUGGAGAGGAUGCGUUAUGAAGGUGCUGUCGACAUCUUCCAGACUGUCAAAAUGCUGCGAACACAACGACCAGCGAUGGUGCAGACCGAGGAUGAAUAUCAGUUCUGUUAUCAGGCCGCUCUCGAGUACCUUGGAAGUUUUGAUCACUAUGCAACAUAGGAGAAGAAGAAAAAGAAGACCUUUUCAAGACCUUUCCCUUCGACAAACCCACGAACAUUUGCUUGAACUGAAACAAGCUACAGACAGACAGACAGACAGACAGACAGACAGAUAGACAGACGACUACACAACAGAGGAAAUGAAUAAACUGACCAGAUGAGUUUCUCUCUGUCAACACGCAAACUAUUACCUCAGUGUUCAUAUAUUGAUAUUAAUGUUGUGGUUGGCUUUUUAGAAAUAUUCAACUGUGGAUGAAGUUCUUCUUCGUAACAAGAGGAAAAAUAUUACAUGUAAAAAUCUAUUUAAAACAACAAAAAAAAAACAAAAGCCUGGAAAAUUGCUGCACCCUUCAAAGGGGGGAUUUCUUCAAACUGUAUUUGAAUUCAGUGACGGGAGGUAAACGUGUCUCUCGUUUCCAUCGUGAACGGAGGCCGAUCUCGAACCUUCUGUGCCUGACGGAGAGCUCAGGGGAGCCGCCAUUCGACCCGCGUGAUAUAAUCCCGUCUCUCGAAACGAGCCGUCCGGCGUCGACAGAACUGCUGUGAAUACUGUAUUUUCAUGAUGUGUCUCUAUAACUAUAUGCUGCUUUGACCGUGUUUGGAAAGCAAAGGGAUUUUUUAACAGCUUCAGUCUAGUUCUGUAUCAUGUUUCUUUACUCCCGUGGCAUAAUGCUCUCUGUUUAUAUACAGUACAGUACAGUAUGAUCAAAUCAUUCACACUACGCUCUGUUAUAUUGAGCCCAGAUCAUAAAGUCUUAAAAAACCCAAUCCGAUCAUUAACGCCCGUUUCUUUGAUUUCUUCUCUAACCUAAACCAAAUGAUGAAACCGAUCUCUUCCUAUCAUGUUUAGUUUAGUGAAUCGUGUUGAGUAGCACAGGUUAAGAGAUCUCCAGAUCUCCGCCAGACGAGUAAAAUGAGCCUUAUCGUUGUUGUCAAAUAUUUAAUCGACCUCAUUUUAUUAUUUCUUCUUUUUUUAUAUAUUAUGCUUGAAUUUUUAAGGAUCUAUUUAUUUAUAUGCUUUUUAUUGCAAUAUAAUUGGUGAGCUGUGAUGUAGUUGGCAAGCUAACGUGACUGGUCAUAGCUCAUGUGUACAGUGUUGUGCUUUGUAAACCAGAUAUUUUGAUAUUUCUGUGUACUGAUUGUUCUAGAGAAAGGAAACGGCACACGGCCCUCGGGAGCCCAAACCUUACCCAAACAGCUGGAACUUUACCCUUUCCGACCGGACAGUGCGGUCCUUUACUGGUUUAUAAUCCUUCGAGCCGGACCCAUGAUAAAAACUCAUGUUUCGCAUCAGCAUUCGUGACAUUAUGAGUCAGAUGAAGCGAGGAUAGAUUUCAGGCUGUUCAGAUAAGCACAUAGAGAGACUUCAGCUCCUCACAUGUGAAGGUCAGGUUUAAAACCACAGCAGCACACUGAAAAUGCACAAGAAUAACACAGCCGACUGCGCAGACGCAGCUCAAAGACACUGCGGACUGCGCAGACGCAGCUCAUUGAGAGUGCCCUACAGUAGCACAGCAGUACCGUGGUAUUUUUUGCGGUGUCAUGAUAUAAAUCUUGAGCAUUUGGUGCUUGACUGAAACACAAACCCUUCAUUGGUUCAUGUGCUGAAUGUCUCAGUAAAGGCCAAUAAUCAUCCGGCUGAUAAAUGAAUAUAGACACAGAUAUUAUCUAUCAUAGUACAGCACAGUAGCAGAAGAGUUCAAGCACACUGAGAGAAAUCAGGACUCGCACAUGAAUUAAACAUUUAAUGUUUUUAGAUGAAAGCACACAUGAAAAAUCCCUGAGUCAAUAAAUAUGACAGAUGAAGUAAAUGAAAUGAUGAUUAAAGGGCCGCGUGCUUCUAUAGAUCGCUUACAUUUCUCUGCUUACUCAUUUAAUAUCAUGUAUGUAGAUACGUCGACUUUGUAUUAAAAGAGAAUGACUGGAUGAAAUACUGAA